GAAAUAAUUAAUGAAUUAAUUGUUUAAAUAAUUGGCCCAAAAAAAAAAAGAAAAAGAAAGAAAUAAACAGACCCUUGAGAAAUGGAAUUGACAAGAUUUACGUGUUUAUUCUUAACUGUAACAGUAUUAGUGUAUGGAAAUGUGAAUGUAAACAAAAGUGUUAGUUGUCAACUUGAUACAACUGAACGUAAACAAAUGAAUGUUGAACCAAUAAAUGGAACAUGUUUACGUGAUAUUGUUUUACAAUUGUCUGAUGUAUUUCUUUCUAUUACUAAAGAGGAACUUGGUAUACCAAUUUUUCUACAAGUACUUGACAAUUUAGAAUUUUCAAAUGUCACUAAUAAUGUCGAAUGUACAUUGAAUACAUUAGUAAAGAAAUUAAAUAACAAAUUAUUAUCUCAUAUUGAUCUAUUAAAACAAAGUAAUCAAAUAAUAGAACCUAUUUUAUUAAAAAAACAAAUUUUAUCUAUUUAUAAUGAAGAAGAAGAAGAAGAUGAGAACAAUAUUAAAAAUAAUCAAAAUAAAGCAUCAGAUAUAUGUUCUGAUAUUACAACAGAAUUAACUACAAAAUUGAAGGAUCAAGGAUGGAAAAAUUUACAUGUAUUACCAUUGUAUCCACCAGCAAGAAUAUGUGGUCCACCUAGUUUGGUACAUAAUAUUGGACCAUUAUUGUUAUCUCGACAUUGUUCAGCAAAAAAUAUUAUUUUAUUAUUAGAACAUGGUACAUUUGUAACAGAAGAAGAUCUUAUUUUGAUUCAAAUAACUGCCAAAACAAUAAUUGAUAUGUUAUCUGAGAAUGAUUAUGUUACUGCAAUUGGUCUUGCUGGAAAUGGUUUUGUAUUUUGUAAAGAUGGUCUUAUGAAAGCAACUGAUAUUAAUAAAUAUCAAUUAGGACGUCAUAUUGAUAGUCUUAUCAGAAAAGGAACCAAUCAGAGUAUAAAUAUUGAUUUGAAUGCAUUGACACAAAAUAUACAAGGAGAAGUCAUUCUUUUACAUUUGACUAAUACUUUAAAAGAUCCAUCUAAUGCACAAGAGAUUUUACAAAAAUUAUCAGAUUUGCAAUUAAUUACAUAUUGGAGAACUAUACUUGUUCUUUCAGAUCAAGGAAAAUAUAUCAGUAUUAAAGAUACAUUAAAAAAUGACAGUAUUAUAACUCUACCAACUCAAAAUAUUCUUGGAUUUGAAAUAUCAAGAUUAUUCUCUGGUAUAAAAUGUUCCCAUAAUGAGAUAAAGGAAUAUUAUCUCUCAGAUCCAUAUUUUGAGCCAUACAAUAAAAUGAUGUCCACGUCUAUUGGAUUAAUUACAAAUAAUACAUUAUUGUAUUUAGAUGUAACGUUAAAAGAUUUUCUAGAUGAUUUAACAUACCUUAAUAUUGGUCCAAAUGCUUACGCCAUAUUAUUUGAUAAUAAAGAAAUAGUAUGGAUUCAUAAAGAUUUUCCACGAAUGGAAAUGAUAAUGGAACAACCAAUUAAAGUAUAUUUACAAGAUAUUGAAAAUAUAAGUAACGAAAUUGUAACGAAAAUGAUUAAAAAUGACGAAGGUCUUAUUGAAGUUCAAAUUGAUGAAAAUAAAAAGAAAAGAUAUAUAUGGAAACAUUUAACAUAUAAAGAUUUAAUAUUGUGCUUGGUAUCUAUAAAUGAUGAAAUAACGGUAUCUAUAAUAAAAAAUAUACCAACGUUAUCGAAAAAUUUAUUAUACCAUUCUCAUGAUCUUAUAUCACAUGGUACUAUCAACAAAGAUGUAUUGUGCGUUCAUCAAAAUAACAUCGUAGCAUUAUCUAGUGGAGUGGUAUAUCUUUCACCAUGGUGUUUCCAAUCUCCUAUGGAACAACUUAAAUUAUUAGAAACAAAUUCAGGUGUAACUGUACAAAGUUUUAUGGCAUAUAUCAAAGAUUUGACAGGAUUGCUGGCUAAUCCAGGUUUACAUCAUUCUGUUAGACCAGAUGUUGUAACAUUAAGCAAAGCUUUAGAACAUUUUCAAAAAAGACAUAUAGAAAGUUCAAUUAAUAAAUUUAUUAUUAGAAGAUAUAUUAUUGCUACUACCAGCGGUGCUUUGGAAGUAUUUCCAGGAAUAAUUAUAGAUUCUGGUUUAGAUCCAAAGCGUAGAACUUGGUAUAAGAAAUCUUUAAAGUAUCCAGGAAAAGUUGUUUUUACUGGACCAUAUUUAGAUGCUGGUGGUUCAGGCUAUGUUGUAACAUUAAGUCAUACAAUUCAACAUUCAAUGUAUGGGAAUAAUAAUGAUGACACAGUUAUAGCAGUAAUGUCAAUGGAUGUUACAAUGGGAUAUAUCUCUAGACUUCUUAUAGAAAUGUUUCCAUUUUGUAAAGAUUCAGCGAUGAAGUGUUUUUUAAUGGACGAUAUGGGCUAUUUGGUAUCUCAUCCAUCAUUAUUACAACCAACGAGUAAAGUUGAACAACAACAUUUAACGCAUAAAGAACAAUUAAUUGCCAAUGACAUAUUAAAUCAAGAAUAUUUUGUAAAGAAAAAGACAUGCGCUAAUUACUUGGAUGGCACUGUACAAAGAUAUUAUCAUUUUAACACUUCUUUACAUGAAGUUUUAACAAAUACGGUACACGGAGAACACUGUAUAAAAUAUCAAAUAGCUGCAAUACCUAAUACUAACAUAUUUCUUGGAAUUGUUAAUGUUACAUGCAACUCUUCAAGAGCUUUUUGCCCAUGUAGCACAACAGAUCGUUUAUGUUUAAACUGUCGAAGAAUGGAACAAACUGAAUGCGAAUGUCCAUGCGAAUGUUCCUUGUAUUCUUCAAGUUGUGUACAGCAUAAAAUUAACUUAGAAGCAUGUCCACCUCCAUCCGAACAAGUUGUACAUUUACCACAUUCUUGGUCAUUGCAUUUAAAUAUUAAAUCCUGUCCCUCUUUCGAUUGUAAAAUAUUUAAAACAGAGGAAGAAUGUUUGGGUAUUGUAGGCUGUCAAUGGUGUCAUGUUGAUAUUGACGGUGUAACUUCUUUGCAAAAUCCAUUUUGUUCUGAUAUGUUUACAUGUUUUAAAGGCAGCUUUGGAACUCCAAUACCUUACAAUGAUGAAACUCAUGAUUCUCAAUCAGCAGAAGAAAUUGUAGUUCGUGAAUUUUCAUCAGUUGGACCAGUCGCAGGUGGCAUACUUGCUUUUAUCUUAAUUUUAGGUGUUACGUUGUGUUGUUAUAGGUUACGCUCUAUGCAAUCUGAUUUGGAACAUCAAUGUUUGCAUAUGCAAAUUUCACCUGACGUUUUACAUAUGACACAUUUAGAAGGUGAUGCAGAACCUUUGGAACCUGACCAAACAAAACAUAAUUUAGAUUCUUUUAUAAGAGAUGCUAUUGCACCUAUAUCACCUUAUAGAGUUUCAACUAAUUAUAAGAGACCUGGUGGGGAUAGUGAUCAUGGUUACAGUACUAUGACACCUCAUGAUGAUUCAGAACAACAGAUAUUUACAGAACCAAUGUUAAUUGUUAGUUCUAAUGUCGAAUUUAAUAAUACGAAACGAUCUAACAGUUUACCAGCGCCAACAACAAAUUUAGGGCCUUCACAUUACAUUUUAGCACCUGUUACUGUUCAUAGUAACAUGGAAACAAAUUGUUGCUAAAUUAAUCUAUUACAUUAUCUUAAUCAUCUUAUUAACAUACUUUCAUUAUCAUUGCCAUUAGUAUAAAUAUUAAAUAUUAAGUAUAACAAAGACUAUCCUCAAAUUUCAUAUGUUUUACAAUAUAUUGCAAUUACUUGCCCAAUAAGU